AUGAGCACCCAUCUCGCAGCCGUGUCCGUAGCCCAGGGCCAGCCUCUCGAGGUUCAAAGCCGGGCCACGCCGAAGCCUGGCCCCGGCGAACUGCUGCUCGCCGUAAAGUCCGUCGCGCUCAACCCCGCAGACACGCUCAUGCGCGGCGCCGGCGUCUUCAUCCAAAACUACCCUACCGUCAUUGGCUUCGAUGUCGCCGGCGUCGUCCUCGCGGUCGGCGAGGGCGUUCCCCUGCAGUCCUCGGACAAUGAGCACGGCGUCUUCUUCAAGCCGGGCGUCACCAAAGUGGCCGCCUACAGCGCCGCCGUGUGGCAGGGCUGCGAUCCUAACUAUGGCAUCUUCCAGGAGUGCUGUCUCGUUCCCUGGCAGCACGCUGCGCCUCUCCCGGAGAGCUUCCCGUCGUGGCACCUGGCCGCGACGCUGCCUGUUUCCGUGCAAGUGCCGCUGUGUGCGUGGGACGCACUGGGGAUCACCUCUUCAGAGUCUGGCGCCGGGGAAUCACAGCAGGAAGCUCUUUUGAUAUGGGGAGCUUCUUCAAGCGUGGGGACAAUGGGCGUGCAGCUCGCGCGGUUGCUUAGAAGCAACGGCGCUGCCAUCGGCGCCGUCUACGCCACGGCCGGCACGGCGAACCACGCAUACGUCAAGUCGCUCGGCGCAGACCGCGUCUUUGACUAUAAAAGCCCAGACGUGGUAAACUCCAUCGUAUCUGCGGCAGGAGAGGACGGUUUGGCGAUUCGUCUUUGCUUUCUCGGGACGGGAGAUGUUGCGCUCUGUCAGGCCGUGCUGUCGGCCUUUGCCAAGACAGGCGGUAGUGCCGUCCGACGAGGUGCGAAGAUUGCUUCGGCUCCGAUUGUUCCUCCGGAUAUCAAGGAAGUAGAAGGCGUCGAAGUCAUCUUUCUCGUGCCCUCUUCUGACAAGACAGAGAGACUUGCUCAGUUCCAGAAGUGGAUGGCGCAGCUGAGCAAAAAUGUUGCCGCGGGCACCAUCAAGCCUAGUCCCGAGCCAAAGGUUGUAGGCACGGGUUUGGAUACGAUCAAUGCAGGCCUGGAUAGAUUGUCUGAGGGAGUCAGCUGUUCCAAGCUGGUUAUCCAGGUUUCAGAGUAA